GAAACUACUCACAAGGUUGCUGAAAACUCUUCGACGACCCAUGACUGGUUUCGUCUUCUUGGUGCUCAUCAGGCCACUUUCGAGAAAUACACUAAUUUGCAAAUCAAUUUGGUUCUCAUGGGAAACUCAACUGAAUCUCUCGUUUAUGAUGUCCUCCAACUGAAUGUGCUACACACAAGCCACCUCAUGAUUCAGUUGGCACGAUAUUCGAGAUAUCGCAGUAGGCGCAGUCUCCGAGUUCCCGUCAACCUUAUGAUCUAUUUAAUGGAACCUCGGAGACUGCGCCUACCUGAUGAGCCCCAAGAAGGGCGAAACCGGUCGUGGGCUGUCGAAGAGUUUUCAGCAACCUACAACCACCUCAGUCCAGCCCCUUAUGGAUCAAGGUCACGACAGGCACUGGCUACACUCAUACCUGUGGGAUCAGCUCACUCACUGUCCAUUCGAAGCCUCACGGCCCAUUUUUACUCGCACCUUGCUGGCGAGUUGCACGCUUUCACAACAGACCGAUUGAUUAAAGGUUAG